UAACUUCCGAUUUUUUAAACUUCACAGAAAGAAGACUUAGCCACGAAGCCAACUCAUCGCAAAACAGAAAUGGUGAAAGUGAAAGUUACUUCGCCGGAGUCUCCCAAGCGCCAUUCCACCGGCGGCUUCUUCGUCACCAUAUCAUCGAUCCUGACUCUUCUCACACGGCAAGCAAGCCGUUUACGAGCAAAGGCGAAAGCAUCUCCGAUGAAAGACGAGGAGUGGAGAAUCGAUCUCAAGGCGCCGAAAUCGCCGUUGGCGCGACCAAAGGAGCUUCUGAGCAGCAUAAGCAACAAAGCGAUGUUGCAGUUCGGGAAGAAGAAGAAGCAGGGAGGAGGAAGAGAUGAGGAGGUAGAAGGUUGGGGAAACGGCGGCGUUUGGCAGAAGGAGAUACUGAUGGGAGGAAAGUGCGAACCGUUAGAUUUCUCCGGCGUAAUUUACUACGAUAUUAACGGUAAACAGACGCGCGAAGUUCCUCUCAGGUCUCCACGCGCUAGUCCUUUGCCUGGUUAUCUCACUCGCCGUUGAAUUCAGUUUUAUCUCGCAUCGUAAGCAUCACGAAAUUAAAAAUUAAAAAUCUCAUUAAUUUGCAAACUAGGUUUAUUAGGGAGGUGAAAUUUCAGAUAGGUAGUUAUGCACGUGAUAUGCGAUCUGUUGCACGUGUCUUUUAUUUUUUAGAACUUGAUUGUAUUUUUGCUAUUAUUAAUUUUUUUGGUUAUUAGAAUUGAAAAUUUAGAAUUAAUAGCGUGCUUGUUUGUUGUUGGUUGAUGAAAAACUAAAUAGGUAACUUGUGCGAUUGUGAGGCUCUGUUCUAUGAAUACGGGGGUGACGAGCUUUUACUACUGAUUCUGUACGAAAAUAAUUCACGUCUUGUAUCUUAAUAGGGAAGUUUGAGUGUAAUUAUGUGUCAUUUAUUGAGGGUUACCGUCUAUAUGUAUCUCAUUUGAUUUAUACAUAAACAAAAUUUGUUGUAAUUUGUGCCUCAAAAAAGAAAAUUUGUUGUAAUUUCAUUAUUUUUGACGUAGUUGUUUAAUCAUAAAU